AUGUCCCCACCUUUCCCCACAUUCCUUAGCUGGCUAAACCCCUUGUUUAAAAUUGGUAAUGAACGGAAAUUAAAACAAGAUGACUUGUACUCAGUGCUUCCAGAAGAUCGCUCCCAGCACCUUGGAGAAGAGCUGCAAGGGUACUGGGAUCGAGAAGUUUUGAGAACCAAGAAAGAUGCAGGGGAGCCUUCUUUAAUGAAAGCAAUCAUCAAGUGUUACUGGAAAUUCUAUUUCGUUUUGGGACUACUUACAUUUCUUGAGGAAGGCACCAAAGUAGUUCUGCCUGUAUUUUUGGGGAAAAUUAUUAGUUAUGUUGAAAACUAUGAUCCUGCCAAUUCUGCCGCUUUACACGAAGCCUAUGGCUAUGCAGCAGGGCUGAGCGCCUGCGUGCUCGUGUGGGCUGUUCUGCACCACAUGUACUUCUAUCAUAUUCAGCGUGUGGGGAUGAGGCUGAGAGUAGCUGUGUGCCAUAUGAUCUACCGCAAGACCCUUCGCCUGAGCAGCUCGGCCAUGGGGAAGACCACCACAGGCCAGAUAGUCAACCUGCUGUCCAACGAUGUGAGCAGGUUUGACCAGGUUACAAUAUUCUUGCACUAUCUGUGGGUGGUACCACUGCAGGCUAUCGCAGUGACCACUCUGCUCUGGAUGGAAAUUGGAAUAUCGUGUCUUGCUGGGAUGGCGGUUCUCAUUAUUCUUUUGCUUUUGCAAAGCUGCUUCGGGAUGUUGUUUUCAUCACUCCGGAGUAAGACUGCAGCUCUCACGGAUGACAGGAUCAGGACCAUGAGUGAGGUCAUAACUGGCAUCAGAACAAUAAAAAUUAAUGCUUGGGAAAAGUCAUUUAUAGACCUUAUUACCAGACUGAGAAGGGAGGAAAUUUCCAAGAUUCUGAAAAGUUCCUACCUUAGGGGCAUGAAUUUGGCAUCAUUUUUCGCUGUCAGCAAAAUUAUGAUUUUUGUCACCUUCAUCACCAAUGAGCUCCUUGACAACCAUGUCACAGCCAGCCAAGUGUUUGUGGUGGUGACGUUGUUCGAGGCUCUGCGGUUCUCAAGCACCCUCUACUUCCCCAUGGCCGUCGAGAAGGUGUCAGAGGCUGUCAUCAGCAUCCGAAGAAUCAAGGAUUUUUUAUCACUUGAUGAAAUACCACAGCUUAACACUCAGCUGCCGUCAGGUGGUGAAAUGAUGGUGGACAUGCAAGAUUUCACUGCUUUUUGGGAUGAGAAAUCGGAAUCACCAACCCUAAAAGGCCUUUCGUUUACCAUCAGACCGGGUGAACUGUUGACUGUGGUCGGACCUGUGGGAGCAGGAAAAUCAUCACUGUUACGUGCUCUACUGGGGGAGCUGCCCCCGAGCCAGGGGAAGGUCAGCGUGCAUGGGAGGAUCGCAUAUGUUUCUCAGCAGCCCUGGAUGUUUCCAGGAACUGUGAGAAGUAAUAUUUUAUUUGGGAAGAAAUAUGAAGAAGACCGAUAUGAAGAAGUAAUAAAUGCUUGUGCUUUGAAAGAGGAUUUGCAGAAUUUGAAGGAAGGAGAUCUAACUGUGACAGGAGAAGGAGGAACCCCCCUGAGUGAAGGACAGAAAGCCCGGGUCAGCCUCGCCAGAGCCGUCUAUCAAGAUGCAGACAUCUACCUCCUGGACGAUCCACUCAGCGCAGUAGAUGCAGGAGUCAGCAGACUCUUGUUCGAACAUUGUAUUCGUCAGGCCUUGAAGGAGAAGAUCAUAAUCUUAGUGACUCAUCAGCUGCAGUACCUGAAAGAUGCAAGUCAGAUUCUGAUACUGAGAGAUGGCAAAACAAUGAAAAGGGGGACUUACUCUGAGUUCCUGAAAUCCGGGGUAGACAUUUUUUCCUUUUUUGAGAAGGGGAAUGAACAGCCUGAACUAUCUCCAGGUCCAGGAACUCCCACUCUGAUCUCCGAAUCUUUGGGUCAGUCUCUCCAGUCUCCCAGACCCUCAUUGAAAGAUGUGGCUCCAGAAGACCAAGAUACUGAGAAUAUACAGGUUACACUACCUCUCGAGGACCAUUUGGAAGGAAAAGUUGGUUUUAAGACCUAUGAGAAUUAUUUCACAGCUGGUGCUGACUGGCCUGUCAUCAUCUUCCUUAUUCUAGUAAACUUUGCAGCUCAGGUCACCUACGCCCUGCAGGACUGGUGGCUUGCAUACUGGGCAAAUGUACAAAGUGACCUGUAUUCUGGGGCUUUAGUAAAAGAUGUCAAUGUGAUGCUUGUUCUGAACUGGUUCCUAGGAGUUUAUUCAGGGUUAACUGUAUCUACCGUCCUUCUUGGCAUCACAAGGUCUCUGUUGAUAUUCUACAUCCUUGUUAAUUCUUCACAAACUUUGCACAACAAAAUGUUGGAGACCAUUUUGAGAGUCCCAGUAUUGUUCUUCAAUAGAAAUCCAAUAGGAAGAAUUCUGAAUCGUUUCUCCAAAGACAUUGGGCAUAUGGAUGACUUACUGCCCCUGAUAUUUCAAGAUUUCAUCCAGACGUUUCUACUUGUGAUUGGUGUGGUGGGUGUGAUGGUGGCUACGAUUCCUUGGAUGGCUAUACCUGUGAUUCCCCUUGGCAUCAUUUUCUUUGUUCUCCAGCGAUAUUUCUUACAGACGUCACGAGAUGUGAAACGCCUGGAAUCCACAACACGGAGCCCAGUGUUUUCCCACUUAGCAUCUUCUCUUCGGGGACUCUGGACCAUCCGGGCAUACAAAGCCGAACAGAGGUUUCAGGAAGUGUUCGACGCAUGCCAGGACUUGCACUCAGAGGCUUGGUUCCUGCUUUUGACGACGUCCCGAUGGCUCGCUGUGUAUCUAGAUGUAGUCUGUGCCAUCUUUGUCACUGUUGUUGCCUUUGGGGCCCUGAUUCUGGCAGAAAGUUUGAACCCCGGGGAGGUUGGCCUGGUGCUCUCUCUUGCCCUCACACUCAUACUCACGGGGAUGUUCCAGUGUUGUGUCAGGCAAAGCAUCGAAGCUGAAAAUAUGAUGAUUUCAGUAGAAAGGGGGAUUGAAUAUACAGAGUGUGAGAAAGAAGCGCCCUGGGAAUACAACUUUCGACCACCACCAGCCUGGCCCUAUGGAGGAGAGAUUGACUUUUACCAUGUGAACUUCAGAUACAGCUUAGAUGAGCCUCUGGUAUUGAAGGACCUGAUACCACACAUAUUCGCAAGUGAAAAGGUUGGCAUUGUGGGAAGAACAGGAGCUGGAAAAAGUUCUGUCAUCGCUGCCCUUCUUAGAUUGUCAGAGCCUGGAGGUAAUAUUCUGGUUGAUAACAUCUGGACAGAUGAUAUUGGACUUCACGAUUUAAGGAAGAAAAUGACAGUUGCACCUCAGGAACCUGUUUUAUUUACUGGAACAAUAAGGAAAAAUCUGGAUCCCUUUAACGAUCAUAUGGAUGUGGAACUGUGGAAUGUUUUAGAAGAGGUGCAACUUAAAGAAGCCAUUGAAGGUCUUCCUGGUAAAAUGAAUACUGAGUUAGCAGAAUCUGGAUUGAACUUGAGUUCUGGACAGAGACAGUUGGUGUGUCUUGCCAGGGCUAUCCUCAGGAAAAAUCAGAUAUUGAUUAUUGACAAAGCCACAUCGAAUGUGGAUCCAAGAACUGAUGAGUUAAUACAAAAAAAAAUUCGUGAGAAAUUUGCCCAGUGCACUGUGCUAACCAUCACACACAGGUUGAGCAAUGUCAUUGACUGCACACGGAUAAUGGUUUUGGAUUCAGGGAUAUGGGAAGAAGACGAUAACCCGUAUGCUUUGCUGCAAAAUAGAGACAAACUAUUUUAUAAGAUGGUACAACAACUGGGUGAGACCGAGGCUGCUGCCCUCACUGAAAGGGCAAAACAGGUGCACUCUGAAAGGAAAUAGCCAGAUAUUACAGUGAAUGUGAUUCUGAAUAUUUCCAGUGGACAGCCCUCAUCCUCAACAAUUUUUGAGUCAAUGUUCUGUUUCUACCAUGAGUUCGUGUCUAUUCCAAAGGCAUUUUUCCAAUAGGUUUUUGCGCUGCAUAA